GGUCGGCGCGGCCGCGGGGCUGCGCUCCCGCCACCGCUCCCGCCGCCCCCAUGGGGCGCCCGACGGCGCGGCCGGCCCGGCGCGGCAGCUGAGCCCGGAGCCCCCAGAGCUGCCCACGGAUGAUGGGUACGACGGCCAGCGCAGCGCAGCAGGCGGUCUCGGCAUCGCCCCUGGAGAGCCGGGCGCCGGGAGACGGCAGCAUGGAGGACCAGCACUCCCUCAGCAUCCACUCCUUCCAGACCCUGGGGCUCCACAACAGCAAGGCCAAGUCCAUCAUCACCAACAAAGUGGCGCCCGUGGUCAUCACGUACAACUGCAGGGAGGAGUUCCAGAUCCACGAUGACCUGCUCAAGGCCAACUACACGGUGGGACGCAUUUCUGAGGCCACGCUGGAGCACUACCUGGUGCAGGGGAAAUACUUCAUGGUCAGGGAUGUGUAUGGAAAAUUGGAUGUUUUGAACACUACUGGCAGCUGCGGCGCUCCCAACUUCCGUCAGGCCAAGGGAGGUUACGCCGUGUUCGGGAUGGGGCAGCCCAGCCUCAAUGGCUUCAAGCUCGUGCUGCAGAAGCUGCAGAGAGAAGGCCACAAGGAAUGUGUCUUCUUCUGUGUCCGCGAGGAGCCCGUGGUGUUCCUGCGGCUGGAGGGGGACUUUGUGUCCUACACGCCCCGGGGCAAGGAGAACCUGCAUGAGAACCUGCAGCGCCUGCAGCGCGGCGUGCGGGCCGAGAGCCUUGAGCUGGCCAUCCGCAAGGAGAUCCGUGACUUCGCGCAGCUGAGCGAGAGCGUGUACUACGUGUACAACGACAUCGAGCGGCUGCGCGACGAGCCCCACGCCGUGCGCGUGCACUGCGACGAGGACAUCCAGGUCACCGACGAGGUCUAUCGCAGGCCUGUCUUCCUCCAGCCCUCCUACAGGUACCACCGGCUGCCCCUGCCCGCCGAGGGAGCCCCUCUGGAGGAGCAGUUUGAUGCUUUCAUCCGCUGCCUCAGGGAGAGCCCCAGCCUGCUGCUGCGGGACCCCGGCCGGCCCCCGCCCGCGCUGCUCUUUGGCUGCCAGACCGGCGUGGGCAGGACCAACCUGGCCAUGGCCAUGGGCACCCUGGUCCUCCACCACCACCGAGGCGCUGCCCAGAAGCCUGACUUCCCCCCCUUGCCCAAGACAUCUCCCAGGGACAGGCUCCGGGUCAUCCAGGCCUUCAUGGAGAUGGUCCCCAAAGGCCAGCAGAUAGUGGAGGAGGUGGACGGCGCCAUCGCCUCCUGCUCGGAGAUGCACGACAUGAAGGAAGCCAUCUACGAGAACAAGAAGAAGCUGGAAGGCAUUGGGGAGGACUAUCAGAUCCAGGGGAGCAGCACCAAAGAGUAUUUCCUCCAGAGGACUCUGCAGAGCCUCGAACGCUAUUUCUACUUGAUUGCCUUCAACUACUACCUUCAUGAGCAGUACCCCCUGGGCUUUGCCCUCAGCUUCAGCAGGUGGAUGUGCCGGCGCCCGGAGCUGUACCGGCUGCAGGCUGACAUGAACCGCGCCGAGCUCACCGUGACCGCCGAGCUCCUCACCAAGGGCGCCCGCGUGCUGGUGGCGGAUGAGCGCUUCUGCCCGGAUGUGCUGAGCACUGCCAAGGAGAUGAGCGUGGCCAACUUCCGCAGGGUGCCCAAGAUGCCCGUCUAUGGCACGGCACAGCCCAGCUCCAAGAGCCUGGGCAGCGUGCUGCGGUACCUGACGGAUGCCAAGAGGAAGCACUCACGCAUCCUCUGGGUCAGCCUGCGGGAGGAGGCGGUCCUGGAGGGGAACGAGCAGAUCUACACCCUGCGGGAGCCUGGGCUCCUGGAGGAGCUGAUCCCCGUGCCUGCUGCCUCGCCCCAGCAGCUGGAGAAACUGGAGGCUACCCUGAAGGGGGACCUGCUGAAGUGCCAGAAGUGGCUGGAGGUGUACCUGGAGUCAGAGAAGCAGAUGAAGAUGUUCAAGAGCUGCCUGACCACGCAGGAGAUAUUCAGCCAGCAGAAGAAUUCCUGCCAGGGACUCACCUACCGCCGCAUCCCCAUCCUCGACUUCUGUGCUCCCAAGGAGCAGGACUUUGACCGGCUGCUGGAGGCCAUGAAGAGCGCCCUGGCCGAGGACUCACGGGCAGCCUUCGUGUUCAACUGCUCCAGUGGCCGGGGCAGGACCACCACGGCCAUGGUCAUUGCUGUGCUCACCCUGUGGCACUUCAACGGCAUCCCUGAGAUGAGCGAGGAGGAAAUCGUGAGUGUCCCCGACGCCAAGUACACCAAGGGGGAGUUCGAGGUGGUGAUGAAGGUGGUCCAGCUCCUGCCCGACGGUCACCGGAUGAAGAAGGAGGUGGACAUGGCACUGGACACGGUCAGCGAGACCAUGACCCCCAUGCACUACCACCUGAGGGAGAUCAUCAUCUGCACCUUCCGCCAGGGCAAGUCGAGCAAGGAUGAGCGGGAGGCGCGGACGCUGCAGCUGAGGAGCCUGCAGUACCUGGAGCGCUACAUCUUCCUCAUCCUCUUCAACACCUACCUGCACCUGGAGAAGAAGGACUCCUGGCAGAGGUCCUUCAGCCUCUGGAUGCGUGAGGUGGCAGCAGUGGCCGGGGUCUACGAGGUGCUGAACCAGCUGGGGUUCCCGGAGCUGGAGAGCCUGGAGGGCAGAGCCCUGUGCACGCUGCGGGGCCGCUGGCAGGCACAGGGCGCCACGGCCCGGCCCUUCCGCGGCGACUUCGUGUAGCACAAAGGGGCCCUGCUGCCUGCUCUGGGGUGGGGAAGGAAAAAAAGACUCUUUUUCCCUAAAUCUGAGGGUGUGGGGAGGGAGGGGCGAGCCUCGAAGCUGCCGUAGGAUGAGAGGAUUUCUGGGGUUCUUUUGGAUGCAAUAAAAAUGUUGUAAAUUAAAAAUCGAGACCUUCCUCGCUUUCUCCCCGAGGCAGCGCGGCAUUUACACAAAUUUUUAUAUUUGUACACACAGAGGUGUUUAUGUGCAUAAACACACAAAUGUACAUGUCUAUAUACGCGUAAAUGUAUAUACAUAUGGUUAUAUUUUUAUGGCUCCAUGUAUAUAUAGAGCCAUAAACGCCAGCAGCCAGAAUUAGGACUCACAGAAAUCCCAGUCACUUCAGACCUGGGUAUUUUUAGGGCUUGGGCACAUUUGUUGAUUCUUCCCAACUCUUUUUAGCUGGGGGAAUGGCAGCUGUGGUACCCAGUUUUGGGGUGCCUGCAGCAAGUUGAGUGGUGCAGAGGGGGCUGAGCUGCUCAGCAAAGGCAGAAAAGCAAAAUUAAUGCCAGGAGGGUUCCUUUGUUCGUUAAGGAAGAGUCCAAAGGAGGUGAUAUAAAUGAGGGGUCCCAGUGCCCUGCUGGGCUCACAGUCGGGUGAGGGGAAGGCUCCUGGAGGGAGGAGAGGGCAGGAUGGGAAGCACAAAAGCAGGAGCACGCUGUCCGUCCGUCUGUCCCGGCCACCACUUUCAUCCCCUGCCAGCGCUGGGAGGUGGCAGAAAUUCAAAGGUGGAGGCUGGAAAGAAAAACAAGGUUUUAAAAUAGCAAAGUGCUGCUUUUUCUUCAGCCUUGGCUGUGACAGACCUAGGUCCCAAGGGGUCCCUCACUUUCUUUUUUUUGGCUUAGCCGCACAUUUGGGGGUGUGCUUUUAAUUUUUUUUUUCCUUUCUUCAGGCAGAAAUACCUGCCUGAAUGUUUUGCCCCUCUCCGAGUGCUGCAGUGUUUGGAUAACUUGCUGCUGAUGCAGUCAAACAAUUGACUGAGUAAUUUCAAGAGGCUGUUGAUGCUAUUUUCCCUCCUUUUUUUUUUCCCCUCUUAUUUUAGUUUUUUACUGAGCAUAUCCUCUCUAUCCUCACAUCCCCAUUUAUUCUGCCUUACCAAAGCAAUUACCUGCAAGCUCUUUUGCUGCAAAUCCUUCUCCUGCCCCAGCAGCAGCCCUUGGAAGUCCUGCCUAUUAGCCCUGUCUUAAUUAGGCAGAGUUUUUAAUUGCUUAGGAAAUCCCAGCUUCUUUUAAUCUUGGUAAUGAAGGCUGGAGCUUUGCAUCACCUGGUCUGAGGGGCUCAAAGGCUCCUUUCUGCUUUCCCACCAUCCUAACAAGUGAUUUCCAAAGCAGGGCUGCAGCAAUUGCCUGGGAAAAAAAAAUAUCCUGGGAGAUGGGAAUGUGUUUGAAUGUGAAAAAUCAACCGUGCUGUGUUUAUUCCUUGUUUUCCCCAGGCUGGGGAGGCAGAAACCCAAAUCCCUCUCCUAGAUGAGAAGUUAAAACCUGGCUCUGAAUGGCCUGGAUUUUCUGCUCCGAGGGAAAAGGAUUGGCAAUUCUGAAAGGAUUCAGCCAGAGACAAAGCAAACAAGGGGUUAUGUAUCAUAUGUGAU